AUGAUUAUUUUUUCCUUAAAUUUAAGAGGAGGAGGAAGUCGAGCCAAGAGGAAGAGAGUUGGAUAUCACAUUCGAAAAGGGGAUGUUGACAUUUGCUUUAUUCAAGAGACAAAGUUAAGUGGCAUAGAGUUUAGUGUUGUAAAAGAAAUGUGGGGAGAUAAUCAAGUGGAGUGGUCGUAUUUGGAUGCCAACGGGGCGUUGGGAGGCAUUCUAACGAUGUGGAAAAAGUAUCUCUUCAACUUAGUCUUUUGUUUCCGAGGAGAGGGUUUUCUAGGUCUUUGUGUGGAGAAGGAAGGAAAACUAAUUUACUUUGUGAAUGUUUACGCUUCUUGUGAUAUAACCACGAGGAUAAGGUCUUGGGAGAGGUUAUGUGAAUUCAAAAACAACAACUCUAAAGGCUCUUGGUGCAUUGGAGGAGACUUUAAUUCUAUCACCUCUCUAGAGGAAAGAAUUGGUAUAUCUACGCGUAGCUAUAGGAGGGAGAUAUCGAGCUUUAAAGAGUUUAUAGAGAACAUGGAGUUGGUGGAUCUUCCUACUAUAGGAGGAAAGUUUACUUAA